GGGCCGGUCCAGGGUGGGAUCGGGCCUGUGCCCACCCCCACCUGACACACAAAGUGUCUACGGCUUUCCCGGACGCCCGUCGCGCCGCCGCUGCGCCCGCCCGCCUUCCCGGACUGGCUGCUCUCGCCCGGGACGAGCUAUCCUCACUCUGCCUGGAAUAUCUCCCCCCAAACCUGUGUGGAGGAUCUGUUGGAUACUAGGAAUGGAAAGAUAAAACGCGACCCUAGCCUUUCAGUCCUACACAGUUUGGAAAUAGAGACGACAAAAAAAAUAAUUACAGUUCCUUAUGCUAAGUGGUAAAGUAAGGAGCCCUGGUGGCGCAGUGGCUAAGCGCUGGGCUGCUAGCCGAAAGGUCAGCAGUUCGAACCCACCAGCCUCUCUCGUUCUGCAGGAGAAAGAUGGGGCAGUGGCCUUCCAUAAAGAGUAGUCUUGGAAACUCUAUGGGGCAGUUCUGCGCUGUCCUGCAGGGGUCGCUAUGAGUCGGAAUGGGCUCCACGGUACACCACGACAACAAAUAAAGUAGGAAGGUACCAGGUACAGUGGCGGCAUAUACUCGGGAGGAUCAACUCUUAGGAAUUCAGCGAUGGAGAACUGCUGCCAUCAUCCCUUCAGUUAGAGUUAUGUCCUUCCUUAGUAGAUCAGUAGGUUGAGUAGGUUUUACCCCGUAUUUCAACUAGCAUGUAUUUCUCACCAUUCACUCUGCGGCAGCUCCAGUGCAGGCCACCAUCCCUAUUUCUUACCUGGCCUACUCCCAUAGCCUCUUUGCUGCUUCUAGUCUUGCACGCUUCCAGGCUGUCCUUUGCCCUGAAUCACAGAAGUCUCCUUGUAACACCGUUCUAGUCAUGCUGUUCCUCUGCUUUAAACGUGACAGUCGCUUCCUACUGCAAGGCUUGCAGGGGUCCUCACCAUCUGUUCUUACCUGCCUUACCUAAUACCUCACCACUUUCUCCACCUUCUCUGCUACAGUGAUGUGGUUUCAUUUCCUUUAAUGCUGUUCCCUGGAAAACCAUUUUCUACUUCCUACUCCGUUUUUUUUUUUUUACUCCCUUUGGCAGGUAUUCUUCAGAUAUAGGGUAAAAUGUCACUUCUGACCCCCUAAAAUUUUGAAGACAGGAGGAGUUAAUAUAUAUCUUGCUAUCCCUCCAGAGCACAAGACUGAUUUUCAGAAUGGCUGCAGCUCCUCAAGCUGGGAGGGGAUCUGUUCGGAAGACAAGACCUUUAGUUGUAAAGACAUCAUUGAACAAUCCAUAUACUAUCUGCUGGAGUUCUCUAGAGAGAGAGGAUAUGCACUUCAUAUUACAGACACUUGAAGACAGAUUUCAGUAUAUUGGACUUCGGAAGAUUGAGGAUAAGAAAAGGAAAAAACAGCCUUCUUUCCAAAAGCAAAGCAGAGAAAAAUGUAACAUAGAUGUCGAUAUUAGUGAAGAUCUGAAAGAGAAAAAGCCAGAUGAUAACCAACAAGUGUCAGGGUGGACUCCCGUGCACGUCAGGAAGCAGCUUGCCAUUGGAGUCAAUGAAGUGACCAGAGCGCUGGAGAGGAACGACCUGCUUUUAGUCCUGGUGUGUAAGUCAGUCAAGCCUGCCAUCAUCACCUCACACUUGAUUCAGUUAAGCUUAUGCAGAGCUGUGCCUGCUUGCCAGGUUCCCCGCCUCAGUGAGAGAAUUGCACCUGUCAUUGGCUUGAAAUGUGUCCUAGCCUUGGGGUUCAAAAAGAAUACCGCUGACUUUGUUGAUGAAAUAAAAGCUAUAAUUCCCAGAGUACCCAGUUUAAAUGUACCAUGGCUUCCAGACAGAAUUGAAGACUCGAGGGAAAAUCAAGAGACUGAAUUUUUGGGAAGGCAAGACAAAGAGAUUUUGGAAACUUCAUCUGAAGACCUCUCUAAACAUAAGCGGAAGCUGGUUGAAGGUCAGCAGGGUUCUGCUGUAGUGUUACAACCCCUGAAAAUAAAGAAAAUAAUUCCAAACCCUAAUAAGAUAAGAAAACCACCCAAAAGUAAAAAAACUACUUCAAAGUAACCUUGAAAAAACUUAUUUUACAGAAUUUGUAAACUGACACCUGUAAAGAAACCUUGGAACUAAUAAAAUGAGCUACUCUUA